GGUAGGCUUGCAAUUUUCCUUCAAACUGACGAUCAAAUUCAUCGGGAAAGACUGUCACGAGAGUAAGAAUAACUGUUUAACGAAGGAGGGCGAGUUGCUGGAUCGAAACGGCAAAAAAUUAAUGGAUUUACACUCUAUUUCCGCUGGUUUGAUCCCACUUUCCUACUAUCAUUGUUCGAACAACUUGCCGUCCUUAGACAAGAGGCCCCCCAUUUGUUUUUCAACUAAGGAGACUUACAUAAAGGCCAUACAGGACCCCAUACAGUGCUGCACUAUUUCAUAAGUUCUCUGCAAAGAUAAAGACUUGUAAUUCAGGACAGACUGAAUGACGAUGUUCUUGUUGCAUUGUUGAAUAGGUAAUUUGAACAACUAUGAACUUUUCUUACAGUCCCCUGAAGGUCCUGGCGCGAGCGUGACUGUGGGUGUGAGAUUACUUCCUGGUGUCAACCUUCAAUAACUUAUCAAUAUGGCGAACAACUGCACCUUAUUUUUGGACAAGCAGCACUACUGUACGGUGAUCUAUGCCGUUAAACAAACCGUGUCUUCGCUGGAACUGAUAGGAAGCUUGUUCGUUAUUUUCAUCAUCUGGUUAUUUAAAACAUACAAAUAUUUCCACCAGCGAUUAAUUCUAGCACUUAGUGUAGCAGCUCUGUGUGGAAGCAUUUCAUUUAUGCUGACAGGUGUCCCACAAGAGAGAGGAACCUUCUGUGAAUUUCAAGCAUGGCUCAUUACAUAUUUUGUUCUAGCACUUCUGUUUUGGGUUUGCUGUAUUACUUUCAAUAUCUUGAGAGCUUUGAGAGGAGACAGGGCCAAACGCUUAGAGAAGUGGUAUCAUUUUGUGUCAUGGGGUGUACCAGUCAUCUUUGCCAGUGCUCCAUUCAGUGAACAUGUCUAUGGACCUGCUGGACCUUGGUGCUGGGUGGCAGGAGAUGUUGAAAACAGCGCUAUAUGGAGAUUUGCAACGUACUACAUUCCUUUGUUUAUUUGCAUCAUUGGACUCUUCGUUGCUUAUACUUACAUCUUUGUUACUCACCGGCGACAGGUCCAACGCUGGGAAGGAGUUCACAGAAUGAAUAAUGCGGCGGACGUUGAACAAAGAAGGUUACUGAUGAACCACAUCAAUUCACUGAUGGCGUACCCAUUCAUUUAUCUUGUGCUGUCAUUGGCGCCAUUUAUACACAGAGUUUACAACGCUUUUUAUUCAGACUCAAGCUUUGUUCUGAUUCUCCUCCAUGUUAUUUCCAUACCUUUAACAGGAUUGAUUAAUGCUAUUGCAUUUGGAGUGAACAAGGAAACCCUCAACAGACUGAACUGGGCUGACAUGAAGGUGGCUUUUCAGCAGCAUUUGCCAUCGUGGAAUCAAGGAAUGGACAGGUCCAUGGGAGAGCAUCAGCUCGGAGAACCGACUCAGUGCACAGAGUUGGCGGGUCGCGCAAUUACCAGAUCUAAUACUGUAAAUUGAGUACUUCUUCUCCUGAACGACCGGCCCCAGCUGGGAGAAUUAAAUUUUCCCUUGUACAAUGGCUGCCAAUGUCAACAAACAAAUAUUCAACAUCAGGGAGGAGUUAUUUAUGCGGUUUCUUGAGUUGAAUGUAUUUUUCUAUUUGACAGACAUUGUAUCCCCUUUGUAAUUUGACAGACAUUGUAUCCCCUUUGCUGCUUACUGUAUGAUAAUAACUUGUGAUGACGUGUAAUCGUUUAUCUCAUAACGUAGUCACUUCAGAUGUAGAUCACAACGUUGCGACUUCAUAUUGCAAGUCGUCUUCAGACUCUAAGGGCGGCUGAAUAGACGCUGCCUUAUAUACUUUUAUGCUCAACUGUGAUUUCUUGGUCUUUGACAUCGUUGAUAGGUGCUUUUUCGUGACAACUGUAUUUAACGCAAGGAAUAACUAUUUUUUAUAGUGAUAAAGGCUACAAGGCCGUUCUUAAGUUUAAUUCCCUUCGUUGUUUCUACGUUCUUUUCUUCCUUCCGAGGAAACAAAUUGAACAGAUGAAGAAAUGGACUCGGAGAAACUGACAAGGUUUCAUAACCUUGGAAAAUUUACCCUAGAAAGUAUUGUUUGAAAAAAACUGCCGCGAAGUAAUAGGAAUUGUAACUGUCUAAGCUAAUGCAGGUUAAUGCUUUGGAGUCUUUGUGUCAAUUGCUGUCUUUUUAAAUCAAGAUCGCAGAUUAAAUAUUUUCACACAAUG